CCCACCCAGGCCAACCGCUGACCCAGGGACCCCCACCCAGGCCAACCGCUGACCCAGGGACCCCCACCCAGGCCAACCGCUGACCCAGGGACCCCCACCCAGGCCAACCGCUGACCCAGGGACUCCCGCCCAGGCCAACCGCUGACCCAGGGACCCCCACCAUGUACUGCCUCCACCCUCUCCGCUGUAGGGUCUGUACCCAAGCUGAGAUGCGUCCAUUGCGGGUCUACCUGCUGGCCCUCCUCCUGUUGGCAGGGAUCUGGCUGUCUGGUGCCAGUGUAUCCGACAGCUUUAGAGACUGCAGACAGUUUUUCUACAUGAGGGCAGCACCGACAGGCAUCGACGGGACCAGGGACAGCCUCAAGAGGAUCUGCCAGCGCUACGGGGACAAGGCGCGCUACGCCACCCUGUACGACGGCAGCCGUCGCCUGCCCCUCUACUCAGCCUACACCUUUAAGAAGAACGACGGGAAGAAGAGGAUGGACACGCCCUGGAUGUACGAGCCACAGCUGGUGUCUGGGAAUGAGGGUGGGAACAUGAAGGUGCUGCCCCCUAGUGAUGACCCGGAGCCUCUGAUCCAGGAGAGCCAGGCGGUGCUGGAGGACUACUCAGACGCCGUGGAGUACUCCCGAGGCCUGCUCAACCCAGACCAGCACCAGGCUGACCCAGACGAUAAGGCCUCCACCUACACCCUGACCAACGUGGUACCCCAGAUCACAGACUUCCUGGAAGAGACCUGGAGCUCCUAUUUGGAUACCGUGCGCCGCCGCCUCAAUAACUUCUGCCGCGGAAAGCAGUCCUACGUGGUAACCGGGGUGACAGUCUCCGGGGCGACCAUACGUCGGGGGAACGAGGACCGCAUGGGGAUCCCCAAACACGUGUGGUUGGCUUACUGUUGCCCACGGUUCGACCGUAACUCUCCCUACGAGGUGCGUUUCAUGUUCCCUAGCUAUGGUGCCUAUGCACUGAAUGAGCAGGAGGACCAUGGAGUCACAGAGGUGCCUUUGAAGACACUGGAGAGCUUUCUGAAGAAACAAACGGACAUGGAUAGUAAUCUGGCUAUCUUCUACGAGGACUGUGUGUCAGAGAACACCUUCAAGAAGAAAAGGAAGAGAUAGGCCUGUGUGU